ACCUACCUAACAGGAACAAUCAUUAGGCGUAGCGUCCUGUUGAAUAUAGGUAGCAAGGCAAGUCGCGACUGUAACAUAACAUUUGAACUUAUAAACUUACCUUCUACACCCCGUCUUCUUGAAUCCUUAAGGUAGCUUCUUUCUCUCGUCUCAUCAACUUGUUUGUGCUUGAAGUGUAUGUUUCCGCUUCCGUGCCUACAUGUUGCUCUCGGCCGCGUCAUAACGUCAUACCUCUCCCCGUUACGUGUGCGACCGUUUUAAGAUUUAACGACUACCUAGUUGAACUCACGCUCACGCUCACGUCUCAUUCUACCCGGUACUCGCUUAGUUCUUCUAAUUUAUACAGUAUCCGCCAAUUCUUAAACUGGUCAAUAUGAAGGCAGAAUACUCGGACGAGCCGUUGACCUACGACACCCACGAGACCGCCAUACCCACUGGAUGGUCAGCUUGGUUUGGUGGCCCUAAUGUUAAGAUAGGCCCUCGUAUCGCUCCUCAGAUAGCGCCAAUCAGCACCGAUGUUCACGGUUCUUCCAGUAAUCUCAGUAGCGAUGCAAUUCUUAACAAGCAGCUUGAAGAAGAGGCCGGUCAUGCUAUCCAGUAUCGUACUUGUAGCUGGCAAAAGACGGCCGCAUUGUUAUUUUCUGAAUAUAUCUGUCUCGCAAUUAUGAGUUUUCCAUGGUCCUACAGCGUCCUCGGGCUCGUCCCAGGGCUUAUUCUCACCGUAGUUCAAGCUCUUUUAGUAUUAUAUACUUCUAUUGUCUUAUGGGAAUUCUGUCUUCGACAUCCCGAAGUUAGAGAUGUAUGUGAUAUUGGUCAGAUGCUCUUCUGGGGUCAGAAAUGGGCCUGGUAUUUCACGGCUUUCAUGUUUAUCUUAAACAACACCUUCAUUCAGGGUCUCCAUGUCCUCGUUGGAGCCAAAUACCUUAAUACGAUGGUUGGCCCGGACGCUGGUAUCUCGUGCCAGACUGUAUCUUUCGGCGCCAUUGUUGCUGUUAUUUGCUGGCUUUCGUCGCUGCCUCGCACCUUUAGUAUGCUUUCGAAGCUUGGUACUGCAUCGGCAGUGUUCACGUUCGUCUCGGUCAUCCUUGCUACAAUAUUUGCCGGUAUUCAGGACCACCCGGCGGGCUUUAACGCAGAGCCGGCUACCAGCCCUGCUACUGGCGCAGCAUUGCCCUUCGGCAAUCCAAUUGUCACAGCUGUACCUAUCCUGGGUACUACGUUCGUCUCCGGCUUGGGAGCUUUUCUUAACAUUAGCUAUACUUUCAUCGGGCAGAUUACACUUCCCAGUUUCAUUGCCGAGAUGCGUGAGCCGAAAGAUUUCCCUAAGGCCCUUUGGGCAUGCACGAUUCUCGAGAUUAUCGUCUUCAGUGUCGUUGGUGCAGUCACAUAUGCGUUUGUAGGCAACCAGUAUAUGACCUCGCCAGCUUUUGGAUCCUUGAUCCCGCUGUACAAGAAGGUCGCUUUCUCAUUUAUGAUCCCUACGAUCAUAUUCUUAGGCGUCUUGUAUGCUUCGGUCUCAGCUCGAUUCAUCUUCUUUCGAAUUUUCCAGAACACUCACCACAAGAAUGAGCACACUCUCAUUGGUUGGGGCACUUGGACUUUGAUUCUAUUCGUCACUUGGGUUCUCGCUUUCGUGAUCGCUAACUCGAUCCCAUUCUUCAACUCUCUCCUCGCCCUCAUGUCCUCGUUGUUUGAUUCAUUCUUUGGUUUCAUUUUCUGGGGUCUUGCUUAUUUCCGCAUGCGAAAAGCCGAUGGUGCCGUCGCAUUGCUCAAGGACCGUUCAUUCCGCGGGUGGUUUGAGGGUAUCCUCAACAUUAUUAUUAUCCUGACCGGUCUUUUCUUCUUAUCGGCUGGAACAUACGCUAGUGUCCAGGGCAUUUUAGACGAGUUUGCUCUGGGUACAGUUGGAACUGCGUUCCAAUGCGCGAGUAAUGGCAUUUGAAAAAGCAUUUACGUGUUUGCAUUUUUUUCAAGAAUAGGCGAUACCCACGGACGAAUAUACGUUUGAGCAUAACAAUAAAAUAGGAAUGUUGUCAUAGGUUGGAGGAUGAUGGAUAUACAGAAGUUUGGUUGAUGUUUAGACUGCUGCAGUCACUCAACUAAGACCUUGCAGUUGGAAUAGAAUUGGGAUUGGCAUUAUUACAGAGCUACAUACAGUAAUGCAGGGGGGUACUCAGGUUCCAGCAUAUAUUGGGAAGCUUUAAAGAGCAUAUAAUAUACAACUACAACCAUGGCUACUCCCUGGUAUUUUCUAGCCAUAGUUCCAAUUCUUAGGCUUACACAUUUUAUAAUCGAGCUAAUUUCGCUACAGGUAUCUAUCCUCACCUAGCGUUCUAUUAGGCGCACGCUAAUUUACCGGUGG